AUGCAAUUCACCAAGUCCCUCAUGCUGCUGGCCGCUGCCCUUACUAGCAGCACCUUCGCCAGACAAACUACCCUCGAGCGCCGCCAGGCCAUUGCUACUGGCACCUCCGGCGGUGACUGGACCUCUACUCCUUCCAGCGGCUCAUACUCGACCGACGGCUUCGGCGCCUCCACCAGCUCAUCAGGCUCAGGCGAAACAUACGCCGGCAACGUGGGCAACCCCUACGGCAGCAACAUCAUCACCGUUGACGCCGCCUCCGCCAGCAACUACAAGUACGUUGCGCAAUUCACUGGCCACAACACUGAGGACUGGACCGUCGCCAUCUUCAACAAGUACGGCCCCGAUGGCGGGAUGACAGGAUGGUUCGGCAACGCAUGCAACACUUUCACUCUUGCCGCCGGCGAGACCAAGUACGUCGCCUUUGACGAGGAUACCAAUGGUGGCUUUGCUGCCGCCUCAGGCUCUACCAUCCCCACCGAUUCUAUGGGUGGCUACGCCUCCACCUGGGGCGAGUUCGAUUUCGGUUCCACCACCAACAGCGGCUGGUCUGGAUUCGAUGUCUCUGUCAUCUCUGCUCAGAAUGCUGGCAUGUCCAUCUCCGGUAUGCAGAUCUGCGAUGCCCUUGGCUCUGUCUGCUCUUCUGUCACUAAGGAUGCCGGCGUUGUCAAUAACGCUUACACCUCCGCCGAGACUGCUGUCGGCGGUAUUGGUGCCAACCUGGGCUCUGGUCCUGUUCGUCUGGCUGUUACCAUUGAUUACAGCGGAUAA